AAUUUGCCUAAAUGGAGAAUGUCGACGACACCAACGAUGGAUUCGGAGGCGGAUGGGACGGUUCAGCCCUUUUAUGCGAGCUCAGAACCAAGCACCGUUUAAUCCAAAAACCCUCGCAGCAACCGGGACGACCGAAACCCGCCGAGACAGCGAGGGUUUAGGGUUUAGAGUUUUGCGGCCCACCUGUAGGCGGUAACAUGCGGCUUCCGAGGGGUAGAGACGGCGGCCGCGGCGGUAGAGGUGGCAGGUUUGGCCGCCGGUUUGGCGGCGGCGGCGGCGGCGGAGGCCGUGGUGGCUUUCGUGACGAAGGUCCUCCAGCUGAAGUCGUAGAGGUUUCUUCGUUCCUUCAUUCUUGUGAGGGAGAUGCUGUCACGAAGCUUACAAAUGAGAAGAUACCUUAUUUCAAUGCGCCGAUAUAUCUGCAGAACAAGACCCAGAUCGGGAAGGUGGAUGAAAUGUUUGGGCCCAUCAAUGAAUCUUACUUUUCGAUUAAGAUGAUGGGCGGCAUCAUAGCCUCUUCAUAUUCUCUUGGAGACAAGUUUUAUAUUGAUCCCGCCAAGCUUUUGCCACUAUCCCGUUUCCUACCACAGCCAAACAGGGGCCAACCACAAGCAACAACAAGAGGUGGAGGGCGUGGGGGAAGAGGUGGCCGUGGAGGUGGACGAGGUGGAGGUUUCCGUGGCAGAGGUGGCCCAAGGGGUGGCCGCGGUGGUCCUCCAAGAGGUGGGCGUGGUGGUGGCUUCAGGGGCCGAGGAAGAUCAUAAUGCAAAAUGCAUGCUUUAUAAUCAGCUUACCUACAUAGGCCUUUUUUGCGAUCAAGCUCAGAGGAAUCUGCUUAAGGUCAGAAAAGUUGCAAGAAAGCUAGUUUGGCUUUUAAGGUAUGAAUUCAAAAGUUGUAUUCUUGAGUACAUUGAAUAUUUUGGACCAAUUGCUAUGACAUGUUACGGAUUUGCAGGGGACACCGAUUAUUGAAGUUUUUGUUAGCAUAUUUGUGAUAGCCCAAAACCUAGUCCAAGCCCAAGCCCAAUCUCAGCCCACCAAAAUGAGAAAAAAAAAAAAAA